GUCAAUGAAAAACUAAGCACAUCAGUUGUGUUUUUGUCAUUAUCCCAUUCACAUACAUUCCACUUGUUACUAUUUUGUUUAUCAUACACAACCAACUGCGAUUUUUUUUUGUUUUUUCCCAAAUAGAGUUUGUGCGUAAAAUAUUGCGUUUGUUGUGAGAUAAUUUAUUGCGUUGUUGAUUAAGUUAGAUUUUUUUUUGUAAGAGAAAUUGUUGUUUUUUUUUUUUUAAAUUAAAAGAAGACUGUAAAAAUGAUUCCAGAAAAUAGUGAAACUUAUUUGGGCUUCGAUUUAAGCACACAAAAGCUUAAAGCGGUUAUUGUUGAUGCCAAUUUGAAAGUUAUCGUACAGGCUGAAGUGAAAUUUGAUACAGAUUUACCCGAAUUCCGAACCAUUGGAGGCGUUAAUGCUGGACAAAAUAAAAAUGAGUUUCAUGUGCGACCCGUGAUGUGGGUCAAGGCACUAGAUAUAAUUAUCGAUCGUUUGGUUGUGAACGGAGCCGAUUUGAGUAAAGUGUCGGCUGUAUGUGGAUCGGCUCAGCAGCAUGGUUCAUUGUAUUGGUCAACAAAUGGCAUUAAAACGUUGGAAAAUUUGGAUGCGGACAAAUUUUUACAUACGCAACUCGAUGAAAGUGCGUUUACUCUGCAUCAAACACCAAUUUGGAUGGACGGUAGCACCGAAAAACAAUGCAUCGAAAUGGAAGAGGCAAUUGGUGGUCGUGAUCAAAUGGUUCAAUUCACCGGAUCAAAAUGUUAUCCACGUUUUACCGGUCCACAAAUUCGAAAAGUUUAUCAAACAAUGUCCGAUUGCUAUGAAAAUACGGCACGAAUUUCGUUGGUGAGCAGCUUUUUGGCAUCGAUUCUUAUCAAUAAGGUGGCACCAAUUGAUUAUACGGAUGGUUCUGGUAUGAAUUUAUUAGAUAUUAACACAAAAAAAUGGUCACAAGCAUGUUUGAAUGCAUGCGCACCAGAAUUGGAAGAGAAACUUAGCCAACCGGUGCCAAACAACAGUGUCAUUGGUCAAAUUGGUUCAUUUUUUGUGCAAAGAUAUUCAUUUGAUGCGCAUUGUAAAGUCAUCGCAUUCACUGGUGACAAUGCUUCUGCCAUAUCAGGCAUGCUUAUCACAAAGAAUUGGUUGGCAAUGUCAUUAGGUACGAGUGAUACUAUAAUGAUGGCAUUAGAAGAACCAGCGAAACUAGAAGAAGGUCAUGUUUUUAUUCACCCCACUGAACCGGGAUACAUGGGAAUGUUAUGCUUCCGAAACGGAUCGUUGGUUCGGGAUAUUUUUAAGCGAUCAGAAGCAAACAAUGAUUGGAAUAACUUCAGUGAAUUAUUGGAAUCAACGCCCAGAGGAAAUUACGGAAAUAUGGCCUUGCAUUUUGUACAAAAAGAGAUUAUACCAAAUGUAAAGGGCAGUCUUCGUUGGAAUAAAAACAGCGAUCUAAGCACACCCGAAUUAGCUAAGGGAGUCGUUAAAUUUUCAUCUCCUCAAACGGAAAUUCGGGCGACAAUUGAAGGGCAAAUGUUGCAUCACAAGAUGGUCGCAAGUGAUAUGGGCUUUCACUUCGGUGAAGAUACGCGAAUUUUAGCAACUGGUGGUGCAUCGGCCAACAAAUCCAUUCUACAAGUUGUAUCAGAUGUAUUCAAUUCACCAGUUUAUAUUCAAAAGACUACAGAAGCUGCCUUAUACGGUGCGGUUUAUCGCGCCAAAUACGCCUUAUACUUAUCGCGUUUGCCAGAGGGACAAACUGAAGUUGAGACUUAUUUCGAUUAUGUAAGCAAAUUUUUACCAAAUCGCACGCAGCGUGUUUGCGGUCAAAGCAACGAUUCCGAGACCAUUUACAAUAAAAUGCUGGAACGUUAUCGUGACAUGGUUUCUGUAUUGCAAACCACUGACGACGCUUAAUUUUUCAAUUAAUUACAAUACGAUUUUUGUAAGAAGAAAAAAACUAUUGAACAUUCCAAAAACAUUUUUUGCAACCAAAUAAAAACUAAAUAGCAAUUUGAUAUGAGAAAAAAAAAUUAUUUAUGUAUCUGUAUUUAUGUAAAUGCACAAAACAUUGUUAAAAAAUAAAAUCAAAAUGGGGGAUACAAAUUUUUUGACUUGAA